AUGCUCGGCCAGCAGGUUUUAGUACUCAACCAGAACGUGAAGAGAGAGUCAGGACGGAAAGUCCAGACCGGAAACAUCAAUGCAGCAAAGACCAUUGCUGAUGUCAUCAGGACCUGCCUUGGCCCGAGGGCCAUGAUGAAGAUGCUGCUCGACCCCACUGGAGGAAUCGUGAUGACAAAUGAUGGAAACGCUAUCCUCAGAGAGAUCCAGGUGCAGCACCCGGCAGCAAAGUCCAUGAUUGAAAUCAGCCGCACGCAGGAUGAGGAGGUGGGAGAUGGGACGACCUCGGUCAUCAUCCUGGCGGGCGAGAUGCUGGCAGUGGCCGAGCAGUUCCUGGAACAGCAGAUGCAUCCGACGGUGAUUAUCAGUGCGUACCGCCGGGCACUGGAGGACGUGUUGGACACGCUGAAGGAGAUCAGCACCCCUGUGGACACGUCAGACCGCUCCAUGAUGCUGAAGAUUGUUCACUCAGCUAUCAACACCAAAGCUCUGAGCCGCUGGUCUGAGCUGGCAUGCAACAUCGCGCUGGAUGCCGUGCGCACCGUGGAGCUGGAGGAGAACGGCCGUAAAGAGAUCGACAUCAAGAAGUAUGCCAAGGUGGAGAAGGUUCCAGGCGGCAUAAUCGAGGACUCGUGCGUGCUCAGAGGAGUGAUGAUCAACAAAGACGUGACGCACCCAAGGAUGAAGAGGAUGAUCAAGAACCCGCGAAUCGUCCUGCUUGACUGCUCACUUGAAUACAAGAAGGGAGAGAGUCAGACGGACAUAGAGAUCAGUAAGGAGGAAGACUUUGCCCGGAUCCUGCAGAUGGAGGAAGAGUACAUCCAGCAGAUCUGUGAGGACAUCAUCCGUCUCAAACCAGACCUGCUCUUUACCGAAAAGGGCAUCUCAGAUCUCGCUCAGCAUUACCUGGUGAAGGCCAACAUCACCGCCAUCCGCCGUGUCAGGAAGACUGACAAUAACCGCAUCGCCAGGGCAUGUGGCGCCCGCAUCGUAAGUCGGACGGACGAGCUGCGUGAGGAGGAUGUGGGUGUGGGGGCAGGACUGUUUGAGGUGAAGAAGAUAGGAGACGAGUACUUCACCUUCAUCACUGAGUGCAAGGACCCCAAAGCCUGCACCAUCUUGCUGAGGGGGGCGAGCAAGGAGAUCCUGGCAGAAGUGGAGAGGAACCUGCAGGAUGCCAUGCAAGUGUGCCGUAACGUUCUGCUCGACCCCUUCCUACUGCCGGGCGGUGGUGCCGUAGAGAUGGCGGUUUCGAAGCGGCUGAUGGAGCGUUCCCGCGCUCUCACUGGCGUUGAACAGUGGCCGUACCGCGCCGUGGCCCAGGCACUUGAGGUCAUUCCCCGAACGCUGAUCCAGAACUGUGGUGCCUCCACCAUCCGCGUGCUGACAUCACUGAGGGCCAAACACACACAGGAUAACAGUGUGUGUUGGGGUGUGGAUGGCGAGAGCGGCUGUCUGUCCGACAUGUCAGCUCUCGGAAUUUGGGAACCACUUGCUGUCAAAGCUCAGACCUACAAGACCGCCGUCGAGACGGCUAUCUUGUUGCUGCGUAUUGAUGACAUAGUCUCUGGUCACAAGAAGAAGGACAAAGAGGAGCAGAUGGGAGGACAGGGUGCUGAGUAGGUCAUCGUUAGUCUACGUCAUUCUAGAUCCACGUCAGUCACUCCUUGUGUGGAGUGUGUGUGUGUGUGUGUGUGUGUGUGUGUGUGUGUGUGUGUGUGUGUGUGUGUGU